CUUUUGACAUCAAUAAAUGCUAGUGAGUACUGUGGGUGCGGGUUGAACGGUCGCGGUGUCGUCGGGUCGUGCGUAAUCGGUCGUUUUAAAUUUGAACUCUAACUUAUAAUUAAUUAACAAUAUGAGCAUUGAUGCACUUCUACAAGCAGCGGAAUUCUUGGAGAGAAGAGAAAGAGAAGCUGAACAUGGAUACGCAUCUUCAUUACCAAUGCCGGAUGAUCUCAAAUCUAUGGCGAAAAGGCCAAAGUCGAAAAAUUCUCGGGGCAGUCAGGGAUACAGGGAGAAGCACCACAGCAUAAGUAGCAGCAGUGGCAUUAGCACGGCGAGCAGUAGCAGCGGCAGCAGUAGAAGCGGCGAGCGGGGAGAACGGGGCGAGCGAGGAGAACGGGGCGAGCGGGACCACCACCACCACCGGCGGAGCCACCACCGCGACAGUGACCUCCUGGACAGCGGCAGCUUCCGGCGCUCCCUCUCGCCGGGCGACAGAACGACCCACAACGAGCUGGAGAAAAACAGGAGGGCGCAUUUGAGGAAUUGCCUCGAGAAACUCAAAGAAAUCGUGCCUCUCGGCCACGACUCGGCCCGACACACAACGCUCGGGCUGCUUACCAAAGCGAAAAGUUUUAUAAAGACCCUGGAACGUCAGGAGCGAAAGAACUCGUCGCACAAGGACCAGCUGCGGCGGGAACAGCGCUACCUGGGGCGGCGCUUGGAACAGCUUGGCGGGUCGUACGCCACUGCGCUCGCUAUGGGCGGCAUGCAGCCCCAGAACGUGUCCAAGCGGCGGUCCGUCAGCGAGUGCUCCACGUCCACGGUAUCGAGCACCUCGUCAGUCUCGUCAUCCGUCUCGUCCAUCUCAGAGUCAGAUGAGGUGGACGUGAUCGGGUACACGAGCACCCAGAGCGACACCGACGACCACUCGAGUGUUCAGAGCGCGUCCAGUGACAGCGGCGUCACCAUGUCCACUUCACGACUCACUUUGUCGGAAAUGGAAAUGGAGAUGAUGGUCUAGUUGGGACGUGACAAUACCGUGAGAUGGGCGCGCUGCAGGGAUCUGCCGCUCCGUACCAACGUACUACAGUAUAUUACAACACAUCUGUCUAGUCAGCUGCAUGCCUGCAAUGCCUUCACAAUGUAAAUUAUUUACUAUGUAAAUUGUACAUAUUUUUUUAAAG